AUGGUACCUGCCCCGACAAGGACUGGCUCUGGGGUGGCCAAGCCGUCCAAGUCCGCCAAGGCCAAGCGAGCAGGUCACGGCGUCAAUGAUGGCGGCAAUGCUGGCCGCGACGAUCCGGCUACGCUCCGGCUUCGUACCUUAGCAUCGUCGCUACCCAGCGAGCUCAUCACAUACAUACUCGAGUUCGCGGCAUCCACGGCGACCGAGAACACGAGCAAGCUGCACCUGUUGUGCCUCUCGCGCUACUACCACGAUAGGCUCGCCCCGCUCAUCUACGCCACUGUUGCGCUGUGCUCGUCCGCGACGAUCCAUGCAUUCGCAGGCCUGGUCAACUCUGACACAAAAGUCGCUCGACAUGUGCGCAGACUCUGGGUGGGACCGGACACAUCGUCGUCGGACCUCAUCACCGCCCUAUCGCCACCGUCGUUUAAUGAAGCGGCGUACAUCACCGACAUGCGCGAGCAUGUGCACGCCUCGGUGCGUACGGUGCUGCGCUCAUGCAGAAAGCUGCAGGACGUGGCGCUUGCCGGAGAGCUGCUCAGUCUGCACGCUGCGCACAAGUACGGCUCGGCGUGUCAGCCGGUCCGACUCACGAGCGUAAACCCGCACAGCUUCGUGGGUGGGUUCAGUGCACCCAUCUUUAGGAAGGUGCGGGUGCUUCGAAUCGUCGACACGAACCUGGCGUUCGAAGAAGCAGACGAGAUCAGAACGCUCGCUGAUCUGGAGUGGCUCAUCUGGUCCGCGCCCAAGGACUACGGAGACAUCACGAGGGACAGCAAUGUCUUGCGCAGGCUGCUGCAAAGGCCGAGCAAGCACUUUGCCGAGCCGCAACUGCCACCCGAUUCUGAUGCGCUACCCACGCCGGCAGAGGAGGCUAGUGCUACUGGAGGCCUGGCUUCGACGGCUCCACCUGCUGCACGGGCACCUGCUGCCAUCGAGGGACUCUGGAACGAGCUAUCGGCGCUCGAGCUCAACGAAGGACUGGCGCCGGCGCGGCCUUCGAAGAACGACAAGUUUCGCAGGCUCACCAUUCAGACGGCACACAACCGGUGCGACAGGUUCCGAACGCUUCUCGCUGACUCGUUCCCACUGUAUCGACCGCCUGCUUCUUCUGCUGCAGACUCUUCGACCGCAGGCUUGCCAUCAGUAAGGGACGAGACGGGAGGACUGGCUGGUGGUCUGGAUGCGACAUUCGAAGAUCUGGAGCGCGAAUGGGAUCCGGUACUCAACAUCCCCACGAUCCAUCCAACAUCACUGAGCGGAGUCGUGCUUGACGAAUGGGAUGCCUUGCGCGACCUCAUCAAUAACGCUGGCGGACAGUACAGCGGAAUGAGCAUCUGGGACCAGGGCGAUGCCGAGGUCACCGUCGAUGCAGGCAACGCGCUCCGGAGACAGCGAAGGGUGUGGGAACAGAUCAGCGACAUCGGCCUACCCUCGACCACACGGUCGAUAAAAGGCUGA